AUGGCUGCCGGCCCAGGUGCAAGUCUCGCUGGUGCCCUCGAGGAGCUGCAGGCAGCGCGCCUGCAGCUGCGCAGCGUUCUUGCGAGGACGCCGCCUGCGCUUGCGAGAAAGGAGGUGCCAGGCAGAGGCACCAGACUGCAGUUUCUGGGACUGGCCUCGCAUGGGCGUCUAGGGCUCUUCCUGGCACGCGUGUCAUUCCGGGCGUGGGCUGGCGCAGUACAUUCAGCUUCUCUCGACCCUCCUGCAGCUGUGCCCUUGGGAAGGGAGGUGCUCGCAGAGCGACUUUUCCACACUUUCACGAGGAGAGUGCUCUCCCAAGCGCUCUCGGCAUGGCGGCUGUGCCUGCGCCGUGCGACUCGCUUGCGGGGCCACGAGAGGCUUAUGCAGGAACAGGCCGCUCAAGCGGCGAGAGCUGAAAGAACGCAGCAGGAUGCGCUGCAGGCUCUGCGGCAACGCAUCGAGGAGUGCAAAGGGCGCAUGGAACAACUUUGUACCAGGCUGAACUUCUCCACCGCCGCUGCCUUGCUCCUGAGGAGUCUCCUCGUGUGGAGGUAUCAUUGCCGGGAGGAGCAGCUUGAAGCAGUUGCCGAGAAGAUCGGGGCGGCUCAGACGGAGACGAUGCUGCUGGGCAGCACAGAGGUGGACAAGGCCCUGUCGCUGCUGUUGGCGCGCGAGGCGGCGCUGGUCUGCGAAUUGGCCAUGCCGCUGACGCACGGUGACGCCCAGAUCUUUGACUUGAUAUCCGCCCUGGGCCCUUCCUUACGCCUCAUGAUCCUCGGCCCUUGCUGGCUGCGCUGGCGCUUACGGGCUUUGCUUGGACUUUCAUGGUUACGCCAGAGGAGGGUGCACAUCUCCCUUUGUCGACUUUUUCUUCCUCGGUUUGAAGCCUGUCAGUUACGCGCUCGAGUUCUUCGGGCUUGGCACCGUGGCUGCGGCGGUUGCCACCAGCGGUUGCCGAUAUGGUUUCAGGAGCGUUGCUCUGCAAUGGCUGGUGCAUUCCAGUGGGCCGCGUCGCACGUGUUCAGGAGGCAGAGGCUAUGUCUCUUGAGAUCCUCGUUGGGUGCCUGGUUUUGGUGGGGAGUCCUACUUCCGAAGCAGCAGCGCCUCCGCGCCAUCACGGGCAACUACGUCUUUGAGCUGGCGCAAGUUACGAAGAUUGUCAGCCCGGAGAGGAGUCCUGCCCCAAGUGCUGCACGCGCGCUCCAAAAUCUGCAGGUCCCCCGGCUCCUGGACGUAGUGGGGAAGCUGGCAGCCCGUGCGGCGCUACGUGCCUGGCGACUACAGGUGGCGAAGGAAUGCGCCUUCAAUGCCAUGGUGUUGCUGCCUCAGGAGGAGGACCUGGAGGCUUUGGAAGCUUUGGAUUUGGUUUCGGUAUCCUCUGCCAGUUCGUCGCAGCGGUGGCAUCGCGCACAGCGCUUCGAAGGUGACGGCAUCCGCUCCUUCAGCUUCUCAGGCAGCCUUGCGCAACCGCCGCCACGACUGCAACAGCCUGGGCAUGCGCCUGCCGACCCAGAGGAACGGCCUUCCAGGCCUUGGUCUCCGCUCCAGGAGGAUUUGGACGACAUGGAGUAG